AUGGUUUCAAGAAAUUAUAGGCCAAGUAUGGAAAAGUCUAGUAUUGAUUUGAAUCGUAAAAUAUCAUCGACAUCUGUCUCUGAAACCCAACCUGAACAUAGUGUUGAAGGGUUGGAAAAUGUAGUUCUACAUAAUGAAGAUGAAUCAAGGCAUAAAUGUAAAGUCAAAUGGAGCAAGGAAGCCACUAUACUUCUGAUAAGUGGAUGGCUUAAUACAUCUAAGGAUGCCAUUGUGGGGAAUGACCAAACUUCUACACAUUUCUGGGCUCGGAUUGCAGAAUACUACAACACCAACCAAAAAGGCGAGCAAGCAAGAACUGGAAGGCAAUGCAAAGAUCAUUGGAACAAGAUGAAUCAAAAGGUGGCGCGUUUCAAUGGAUGUUAUAAACGAGUACAACAAGCACAUCACAAUGGUUGGUCUGAUGAGCAAAUUCUUGAGAAUGCACAUCAAUUGUACAAAUCUAAAAAUAACAACUCAAAUUUUUUGCUUGUGGACUGUUGGAGAUUGCUAAAGGAUGAGCCGAAAUGGAAUACAAUGUACCAACCAAAAGGUGGUAAGAGAACAAAGGUGUCAGAUACAGGGGCAUUUACUUCUUCUUCCAAUGCAGACAUCAGUGAUGAUGAAAAAGCAUCUGCAUUGGAGAAAUUGGUGGCGAUAAAGGAGAAAGAAGCGACGAUAAAGGAGAAAGAGGCAGAAGAUAAUAGGAUGACAAAAUACAUGGAUUAUCUCAUCAUGGACACGUCGCAUAUGACUCCUGAACAAAAGAAAGAUCAUGAAAACUUGUAUUCGCCAAAUUCUCUUAAUCCAUACGACAAGAUGAGUCUAGAGGAUAUCAUAAUUGCAGAGUGUACUGACGAUCAUGAUGAUCAAUAUUUCAAGGCGCUCAUGGAUGGGGGUAGCUCAACAAGACAAGGAAGAAAGAGAGCCCACAUUGAUAGAGGUCAUGUAGAAGGACACCAACGUUUGUUCGAUGACUACUUUUCUGAUGAACCGGUGUAUACAGAAUAUCAAUUUCGAAGAAGAUUUAGAAUGUGUAGACAUGUAUUCCUACGCAUAGUGCAAGCUUUAGAAAAUCAUUCAGAGUAUUUCCAUACGAGGUUUGAUGCAGUCGGUAGAAGGGGGCUUUCGCCAUUACAGAAGUGCACUGCUGCUAUGCGAAUGUUGGCAUAUGGAGCGCCUGCCGAUUAUGUUGAUGAGUAUGUUCGAAUUGGUGAAACUACUGCUAUUGAAUGUCUAGUCAAUUUCGUUCGAGGAGUGAAUGAUAUUUUUGGGACCGAAUAUUUAAGAUGGCCCAAUGCUGGGGACAUUCGUCACUUACUUCAAAUGGGGGAGGUGCAUGGUUUUCCAGGUCAAUUCACACGAGGUGAUCACGGCAGAGCAACAAUCAUGCUCGAAGCAGUUGCGUCACAAGAUCUUUGGAUAUGGCAUGCAUUUUUUGGUGUUCCAGGAUCCAAUAACGAUCUCAACGUGUUAAAUCAAUCCCCAAUAUUCACUGAUAUCUUACAAGGGCAAGCUCUGAGAGUUGAGUUUACGAUAAAUGGCACACAAUACAACAAGGGGUAUUAUCUAGCAGAUGGUAUCUAUCCAGAGUGGGGUACAUUUGUUAAAAAUAUCCCACUGCCUCAAGGAGAGAAAAGAAAAUUAUUUUCCCGAUGCCAAGAAGCGGUACGCAAAGAUGUUGAGCGAGCAUUCGGAGUACUUCAAUCUCGUUUUGCUAUUGUACGAGGACCAGCACGUUUUUGGCAAAGAGAUGUUCUCAAAGAUAUUAUGUAUGCAUGCAUCAUAUUGCACACCAUUAUUGUCGAGGAUGAAAGAGAUGCAUAUGAGAAUUUGUUUGAUUUUAAUUAUGAUGACGGCCCCGCCGACACCCUAAUGGUUGAAGUAUUGCAUGAACCUAUUUCUGACUUCCCGACAAUGCUUCAAAGAAAUACUGAAAUUCGUGAUAGAAACAUUCAUCACAAUCUUCAGGCGGACUUGGUAGAGCACAUAUGGUCAAAAUUUGGAAAUCAUUUUAAUUAG